UUUAAAAAAUUAAUUAAAAAAAAAUGCGUUUUUCACAUCUCACGCGCGGAAUAGAUUCCAUCCAUUUCAUAAACAGAAGUACCAUAAACUUUCACUUGGUUCUAAUAAUAAAAAUAUUUUAAAAAAGUCUUUAAAAACAACUUUGAAAGCUAAAAAUUAUGUGUUUAUAAUGUAAAUAACGCAAUAUAGUGAAUAAAAUAUUGAAAUUUCCUAUAUUUUUAAGGUGUAAAUCUGACGCCGAUAUGGGCAAAGCUUUAUUCAUUUAAUUGUUUCAACUGCAUCAUGCUUCACAAUACCACAUAUGCGAAACUACAUUUGAAAGUCUAAAAAACCAAAAUACAAGGGGACAGUAUCACGUGACUGUGGCGCAGCAAUAACGUGACCUCACUCCUCGUUAGAUCCAAAAAACUAUAUGCAGUAAAAGACUUGAUACGAAGAAUUUUAUCUUCCCAUAUCACACUAAAGAUGUCAAAAAUUUUUCUGGCUGUAUCUGUUCUCUUGCGCACCAUACCAUUAUUCGCAUUUUCUGGAAGUUUGUCCUUAACUUCUUUGUUAAUUGUUAAGCUUUGUAUGCGCUGUUUGCGUUGCGGAGGGUUGCUUUGCAAAAGUAUAGCUAAUCGCUCUGAUAAGGCUUUUCCAAAUCGAAAACAGAAACGAACUAAAUCUCUAUUAGUCCGAUCCCCAUUUUUUUCUGCAUCAUCAAUCUCAUAAUAUAAUUUAUGGAAUUGAUUCGAAACUUAUUUCAUGUCAGAACCUUCGGGAGGGGCACCAAUUGAUACUUUCUCUAGCUGGACGGAUGGACAGCUCACAAAUUAUGGUUUGCGCUUUUGUGCCACUAGUAGAUUUACGCGAAUUAUCUUUUCUUUUCCUUUUCUUGGAUGCUCCAUCGAAGGUAGAUGAAAUAUAAUAUCUUUCUUUUUCAAGAUCAUCAAUUGACGGGCAUUUGGGACACAGCUUAUUCUUAUUACCAAUGCAUCCGAAAUGAGCCUUAUGUCUGCAUACUCCUACAUGCUUUAUAUCUUGCUUAAAGAUAAGGAGGUAUGAAGCGUAAUUG